GCUGAUGUUAUUUUGUGGUGUUGCCUGUGCAGCUAAAAGGUUUUGACCCUAAAGUGAUUUAUCCUGAGUUUUGAUCUUCACGCAGGACACAGACAGCUGCUGCAAAACAUGAAUCACAUCUUGAAAAGGCAGAAUCUGACAUGUAAUUAUACAGCUGGUCCACUGGAGAAGACUGUGCUUCCUGUUCUGUAUUCUUUCAUAAUUUUCAUUGGAUUGCCAGCCAAUUUCCUAGCCUUGUUGAUAUUUACAAGGCAGUCUUUGAAGAAACAUGGAAUCCUUGUCUAUCUGGUGAACCUGUCAGUGGCUGAUCUGAUUAAUUGCCUGGUCCUUCCAUUCAGAUUAGCUCUGCUUAUUACAGGCGAUGUCUUCGAAGAAAACUCUGGGACAUGUAUGGUUGUAACAGCAAUCAUUAACUUGGGUUUUUAUUCUACACUGGCAUGCAGGACAUUCUGCAUUAUCUUCAUAAGCAUUAGCAGGUAUGUAAUGAUUGUGAGGUACCACAAUAACAAAUUGAAUGCAUUUAAUGAUGCAACCUUUGCAAAAUACAUUUGUAUUGUGUCCUGGACUCUGGGAAUCCUGAUUGUAUCAAUACCUUUAAUUCAUAUAUUAAAGCAAAUGAGUACAUCUGAAUUUAUGUGCUACAGUGUCAAGGUUUACAAAGGCACACCGGCCACUUCCAUUUUGUUUUUAUUCAUUUCAACAGUGUUCUUUUUAUUUUUAAUGGUCUUUAUUGUCUUUUAUGUCUUUAUCAUAAUGUAUUUGAUCAAAGUGAGCAAAAGCAGUACAGUUCAACAAAACCAGGGUCUUCAAGUUCGCACACAGUUCAUCAUUUUUUCUGCGAUAGCUACUUUCAUUGCUUGCCAUUUGCCAUAUUACAGCUAUCAAAUAACGUCAAGCAUUUAUCGAAUUGUGCACAAUGACUGCCAGCGCCUAGAGCAAUUGCAAAGGGCAAAAGUUGUAUUACUGUGGCUGGUUUCAUUCAACAGUUGUUUAGAUCCUAUUCUAUAUUAUAUCAUUCCCAAACGAUCGUCAAGAGUUAAAUUCAAUGCAGAUCAACAAAGCAUUACAGAAAAAUCUCCAGAAACCUAA